AUGCGCGGGGCGGCGGCGACCCUCCGCCGCAGGGCGAGGCCCGGGGGGCGCAAGGAGAGCGCCAUGCCCACCCCCGGGAACGGCACAGGCAUGUGUGUGCAAAUGCAGCAGCCCCUGCAGGGCACCUUCCAAGUACUUCGUGGGGACGGCACUUCUGUGGGGACUGUCAUCAUGUUCCACUGCCCCUCGGGCCACCAGAUGGUGGGGUCUGGCCUCCUCACCUGUGCCUGGAAGGGAAACAUCGCUGAGUGGUCUUCAGGGACCCCCAUGUGCAAGACUGUGCCCCCCUACGAAACCUUUGGCUUCAAGGUGGCUGUGAUUGCCUCAGUCAUCAGCUGCGCCAUCAUCAUGCUCAUGUCCAUGGCCUUCCUCACCUGCUGCUUAGUGAAGUGUGUGAAGAGGGGUGAGCAGCGGCGAUCCGACAGGGCAAACCAACUGUGGCUCCAGCUGAGAGGCGAGGAUUUGGAGACGAUGCAGGCUCCCUACCUCGGCCUUAAGGGCGUCAACAGUGACAGCAGCAUUAGUGGAGGGUCCAGGAUCCAGCCUGUCCAAGUGCACGACAAUCGCAGCUUCACCACAGACCUUGGCGAGGGUACCAGAGAGCUGGCCAGCGUGGCCCGAGGCAUGGACAAGGACUUCUGGACCGCUAGUGGCCCCACCAGCUCACCCCAUGCCCAGGUGAUGGUGCAUACAGCAAACCCAGGGCAGAUCCUGCCUCCCUCCAGGCCAACUGUGAUGCUCAGACAGCCUGCAGCCUAUGUCCCAGGGUGA